AUGCAGACGUUUCGCGAUCACAUUUCGACAAUUGAUUCGAAUUAUUUACGAGCAAACGUCACUUUUGACAACGCAACUUACGAUUUGAAAUUUGCAUGCUCGUUGUUGCUUGGAUAUAAAUGUGGCAUUAAUAUGAUAUUCAAAGAAUUUCAACCAAGCUCUUUAUCUGGAAGUUUCACCUCAAUUAAUGAAACUUGCUGGAAAAGAUGUGAAUGCGAAAAUGAUAAAUAUGUUAGAAGAGGUGAAGAAUGCGUUAAAACUCAGCAAGUACCACUUAAAGCAGACAAAUCAGCGGUACAAAGAGGAAUUUCGCUUCCUAGUGGUAUAGUGGAUUGCCGAUAUUCAGAAUGUAAUUAUGGAGGAAAAAUUGUUGAUUAUGGCUGCCACAGAACGAAUGAGAAGUGUGGAACCAAUAUGGAAUAUAGAACUGUUUCUAAAACACUUUUUAUGGAUAACAUAGUUGCUCGUUAUAAAUGCAUGCAAAAAUGUGUUUGCGUGGGUAAUAAUUAUUUUUUAAAAAAUGGACAAUGUUUCAAUUACGAAACUCUUCUAUCGCAUGGAAAUCUCAAUGAAACUAAGUACAGUAAUAGUGAGAACGAGGAAAAUAAUCAAGAAUUGAAUAGAGCAGAAGGAAAUCAUUCUGCACGUCAAAAAGAAGCACAGACGACGGUUUCGAUCGGCGAUCGAGCUCCAGCAACUUCUGAAUCGAAUCUUUUGCGAGGCAGCGACGAUUUUAACGACGUUUCAACGACUUAUAAUUUGAAAUUCAUAUGCUCGAUACUUCUUGGAUAUAAAUGUGGCAUUAAUAUGAUAUUCAAAGAAAUUCAACCAAGCUCUUUAUCUGAAAAUUCUACCUCAAAUAAUGAGAUUUGCUGGAUUAGAUGCGAAUGUGAAAGUGAGAAAUAUACUAAAAUUGGCAAUGAAUGCGUUGAAAUUCAGCAACAAACUACGGUUAAAAUAGUUGAAACCAUUCGAUCAGAACAAGAAAAUCCAGUGGUUAAAAAUCAUGAAUUGUGCAAAGGAAGUCCAUGUGUGCUUAACAAAAUAUUUACGGAAUCUUGUAAUAGUGAAAAUAAAUCCUGUGGAAAGAACAUGAAACGUGUAAUCAUUUAUCGAUAUCCAUCUUUGUGGGAACCAUAUAUCGAUGGAUGCAAAAUGCAGUGCAAAUGCAGUGAAGGAUUUCAGGAAAAAGAAAAAGAAGGAACGUGCAUUUUGGUUUCUUCGUAG